AUGGCUACCUUCAGAGAUGGAGAGUUUUCAAUGAAAUUCUUCUGCAAGAAAGCUUACCUGGAAAUGUUUGUCAUAGCAAUUCAAGUGGAGAAUAACUUUUUAGUAUCAUCCAGGUUGGGUUAUACUGAUGACAUUACUGGAAAGAUUGGUAUCAUUACUGGUGAAGAGACUAAUUGUGAAAUUAGUGCUGAGAUUGGUGCUGUUACUGGUGAAGACACAGGUGGUGAGACUGGUCCUGAGGUUGAUGCUGAGAUUGGUGAAGAGACUGGUGCUGAGUUUGGUGCUGAGAUUAGUGAUGAGAUUGAUGAAGAGGUUGGUGAAGAGACUGGUGCUGAGGUUGGUGCUGAGAUUGGUGAAGAGACUGCUGCUGAGGUUGGUGCUGAGAUUAGUGAUGAGAUUGAUGAAGAGGCUGGUGCUGAGGUUGGUGCUGAGAUUGGUGAAGAGACUGGUGCUGAGGUUGGUGCUGAGAUUGAUGAAGAGACUGGUGCUGAGGUUGGUGCUGAGAUUAGUGAUGAGAUUGAUGAAGAGGCUGGUGCUGAGUUUGGUGAAGAGACUGGUGCUGAGACUGGGGAAGAGACUGGUGCUGAGGUUGGUGCUGAGAUUAGUGAUGAGAUUGAUGAAGAGGCUGGUGCUGAGGUUGGUGAAGAGACUGGUGCUGAGGUUGGUGAAGAGACUGGUGCUGAAGUUGGUGCUGAGAUUAGUGAUGAGAUUGAUGAAGAGACUGGUGCUGAGGUUGGUGAAGAGACUGGUGCUGAAGUUGGUGCUGAGAUUAGUGAUGAGAUUGAUGAAGAGACUGGUGCUGAGACUGGGGAAGAGGCUGGUGUUGAGAUUGGUGAAAAGACUGCUGAAAAUACUAGUGAUGAGGUUGGUGCUGAGAUGGAUGAAGAUAUUGGUGAUGAGACUGGUGAAGAGACCAUUGAAGGGACUGGUGCUGAGGUUGGUGCUGAGACUGGCAAAGAGACUGGUGCUGAGACUGGUGAUGUGAUUGGUGCUGAGAUUGGUGAAGGGACUGGUGCUGAGGUUGGUGAAGAGACUAGUGCUGAAGUUGGUGCUGAGAUUAGUGAUGAGCUUGAUGAAGAGGCUGGUGCUGAGGUUGGUGAAGAGACUAGUGCUGAAGUUGGUGCUGAGAUUAGUGAUGAGAUUGAUGAAGAGGCUGAUGAUGAGACUGGUGAAGAGACCAUUGAAGGGACUGGUGCUGAGACUGGCAAAGAGACUGGUGCUGAGACUGGUGAAGAGACUGGUGAUGUGAUUGGUGCUGAGAUUGGUGAAGGGACUGUUGCUGAGGUUGGUGCUGAGAUUGGUGAAGAGACUGGUGCUGAGGUUAGUGAAGAGACUAGUCCUGAGGUUGGUGUUGAGAUUAGUGAUGAGAUUGAUGAAGAGGCUGGUGCUGAGGUUGGUGAAGAGACUAGUGCUGAGGUUGGUGCUGAGAUUAGUGAUGAGAUUGAUGAAGAGGCUGGUGCUGAGUUUGGUGAAGAGGCUGGUGUUGAGAUUGGUGAAAAGACUGCUGAAAAUACUAGUGAUGAGGUUGGUGCUGAGAUGGAUGAAGAUGUUGGUGAUGAGACUGGUGAUGAGAUAGAUGAUGACAGUGGUGCUGAGAUUGGUGAACAGACUGGUACUGAUGUUGGUGCUGAGAUUGGUGAAGAGAGUGGUGCUGAGGUUGGUGCUGAGAUUAGUGAUGAGAUUGAUGAAGAGGCUGGUGCUGAGACUGCGGAAGAGACUGGUGUUGAGAUUGGUGAAAAGACUGCUGAAUGA